AGUUUUGAUGUUGUUAUAAACAAUAAGUACCUACCUACUUAGGUCCCUACUAUAAAUUUGAAAUUGAGUAAUCAGGAUGGUCAUGUUUUAACAAAAAAUGGGUCGUGGCAGCCCUACUCAGGCAGCUACGGACCCGAUGCGCAGAGCCUCACUCCGAGCUAGCUGGCCGAGGCUGCGCGCCGUUCCUGACGCCGUCCUGUCUCCUCCUCAACCUUCAACAUGUAAACAGUGCUGUUCGGUGAUCUACACUCACUUCGACGUUGCUCUUCUUAGCCAUCAUGAAGCUCCGCGACUGCUCCGAUGACGACCCUGGCACGGAGGAGGUGGUUCCCAUCCCGGUCCAGAUAUUCCUGUGGAGGCAAACCACGCCGUUCGUGCGUCCCAGGCUUGGGAAAGUCCACGAUGCUGAUUGCAUGUUUUGUCAAAGAGCUCCUGGACAUCACGAACUGAAAGAGGCUUGUAAGUCCUUCGAAAAGGUUCUAGUGCAAAACAUCCGAAUUGAGUUAUCUCCUAGUUUAACUGAGGCAAUCGAGGCGAUAUCACGAUGGCGUCUCAUACAAGCAGCUUUUCCCCAUGUGAUGCAUGCAUUGGCUGCACUCUUACACAACAGAGUAAAAGACAACAUGCAGUCCUUAGGAAAUGUGGAGACAAGACUCCUUUAUACACUCCAUUGGAUCAUACUUGAUGCUUCUGACGAGUGCAUUGAGAAUGAUUAUGAAAAUGGUGUUUACAAUACAAACCCUUUUCAUUACUUGUUCUCAAUUCCAUCUUUGACUCUCUUCGUGUUCCUGUUUGCGCCAAUAUCUCAUCAUUUGAAAGAAUCUGAUUUUACUAUAAAUUAUCGAUUAGAAAACGGUCUAAAAAUGUGGCAAGCAAUGUGGGAAUUCAGACACCCUGAUGCUCCAUGCUUCACUACUUUAGUGAAACCAAAACCAAAACCUCUUGGGGGUAAAUUCUCAAAGAGAGGUCAACAUGGGGAUGUGUUUUUGGGUCGUAAGUAUAACUUAAAACAUCAUGAUGUUGAUGAUUCAUGCAAAUUCUCCAAAGAAGAAGGCACUGGCACAGUGAAUGGCAGUCCUCCAAGCCAGAAUGUAUCAGUCUCACAUUCCGAGGUGACUUCCAAGCAGGCUAGCACGGAGGAAGAGCCCUGGCUCUCUUCACCUAAAGAUACAAUUUUUCCAGAAACAAUUCCAGAGGAAAGCUCUAGUACUGAGGAAGAACAUGUGUUUAUCUAUCGCCUGCCAUCUGAACAAAACUUUGGUAGUAACUUUAAAGAGACCUACACAGUGUACGCGGCGGACCCCAGUCUGUUUCAACUCCGCAAAACUGAUACUAAAACAGCUCUGCCGGGCAUCAGACAGCUACCUCAAGUUACCAAAAUGAGUUCUUCUGAUAAAGAAUCACUGUCUGAUAGUGGCGGCGGUGGUCAAGGCCCUAAAGGAACCCCGCCUACCGAAAAACCACUAACAUCGAAACAAGCCCAUGUGUCGGCAGCCACUUUUCUAGAUGUCGCCACAUUACGAUGCCUAUUCACCUCACAAUGGCAAGAGGAAGGCGUAUAUUGGGCCUUACAUUAUUUAUACAACAGAUUGAGAGACAUUUGUGAUGACUUGUCCAAGCAAACUCAGCCGAGAAAACGGAGCAAUUCAUUACCCAUACCGAAAAUCGAAGUUUCCGUCUAUCAAAGCCCUGACUUGAACCAAAGAGAUUCCCUAAAAAACUUUAUGGAAGUCCCGGAGCUGAAAGACGUCUCGCCUUUAGCCGAAAUUCCAUUUCCUUCCCCUAAACUGGAGGAAGAGUCUAUCAUGACAAGGAGGUCCAGUGAAAAAAUUAAACGAAAAAUGAAAAUGGCCGACCUUAAAGCAUUUGUUGAAACAAAAUUGCUUUCUAAAUCCGAGAAAGCUUUAGAGAAAAUUGGGCAAGAUGACCAUAAAUUUUCGUUUCACACUGCAGAUUAUCACCGCAGCCUCGAUAAUGCGGAUGACAGGCCUAACUCAGCAUUAGCCAGCAAUUUUCCGCCGUUGGCUCCUAGACUAACCGAUGAUUUAUUAACUUGUAAUCUAAUCAAGGGAAAAAGUAUGCCAAGUCUCAGCUGUUUGAUUGAUGAGCUAGCCUCUAAUGGAUACAUUGGCGAGGUAAAGACAGAAAGGACCCACGGACCUUCGGGAACUAUGCCGGCCUACAUGCAGAAGAAAAAGAAUCCUAUCAUAACAGUAACAGAGCAUACCCCUACACCCUCUCCAGACUAUCUAUCAAAAACUCGACAGGGGUCAAUGGAAUCGCAAAUAGACUCAGUGAGCAUGCAGGGCUCCCAACACAUCCCGACGCCGGAGCGCAAGCCGAGCCUGACGCGAUCGCAGACAGACUCCAACAUUACGUACGUGGUGGAGGAAAUACAGGAGGCGCCCGGGUCGCUGCAUUAUAUCACUAAAGACGGAGAUAUUGACUUCCAAGUGGUACUUAAGGCCGUGUACUCUGUGUCAGUAAUGGACAGCUUCUACAUAACACUGCGCGUGAUGGAGGUAAUGCUGAAUCUCGUGGACACUCUGAUGGAGAUAGGGGUCCACAAGAACUGGCAGAACUCUUGCGACGAGACCCCGCUGCCCGGCUCUGUCGAUCCCUUGAUCGAUUUCAACAAGGACAAGGAUAAUAAGGAACGAGAUUCUGGAAUACCAUGCGCCCAUAGCCAAGAAUCUACAAAUGUUGAAGGAGGAGAUAGCACUAAAGAAAAAAAGGAAGAGGAAAAUUUGGACUGUCCGUACUACAUGAUCAUGCAUAUUAUACUUAGACUUCUCCGUCAAUUAGGCUGUUCGCACGGCUGCUCGACCGCCCUCCGCGGCCCCCAAGCGGAAUGCCUGCGAGUCCAAGCCCGUAACUCCCUGCGAGAACUGCGCUCGGCUUCCAUACCGAAGUUCACAGUCCGUCUGAUGGAAAUGACCAAGUUUGCGUCCAUAAGAGAAGUGCUGGAUAACCUACACGCGACUAUCGGGUUUUGUGUGGAACCCACUUCGUUGGUUUCGCCCAUGAAUCAACAGAAACGCAACACUGCCAAGUCGCCUGACAUCAGCCACUUGCAAGCGGGAUACGCGACUAACUUCGGGGCGAAUCAGGGCGCCAACGCAAACCGAGCCAUAGAGACCUUCGUCAUAGAGUCCACUUUCCGAGUACUCGUCACGAGGUUCGCGCUCAUGCAUAAGGAACUCAAGAUGCUCGAUAACUCGGCGCUAUACAUGGAAGUUCGUCUACUUCUGAGCUAUGUGAAGGAAGCCCACGGAGGCCAAUUCCGAGUAGUCGCUUUCAGUGGUCUCUUAGACACGGCCGAGAGACCAGACAGCCAACAAAAGGAGUCCAAUAUGCAGACUACCAGGGUUAUUAGACAUAUACCUCGAGCAGUGGACGACGAGCGAGGUUCAGAUACUGGCGCCGACUCGGGCUGCGCUCCGGACGAGAGGAGCCACAAAAAGUUCACCUUCAAGAAGAGAAGUACCUCUUCUACUGGGGCUCAUAGCCUUCUAGAAACAGAAGGCGGCGAGGAGUCCGCCAGCCAAUCCCCGCUGUCCGUGCGCACGCGCCGCUACCAACUCACGCCUCGUCAAUCUGAACGGACAAUACCUUCAGCCUCUUCUGCUGAUAUAACACCGCAUCAUAAUAUAUCCCACUCUAAAUCGAUACCUUCAAAGUUUCACAUCAGUGGAAUUGUGAACUGGUUCCGUCAAAAGCCGUCGUCGCAGUCGCUGGUCCGCGCGGGCGGCGGGUCGGGCGAGUCGCUGCCGAUGUCGGGCAGCAUGGUGUCGCUGUCGCGGCCGCUGGCGGCGCUGCCCAGCCGCCCCGUGCACGUCAAGCGCAGGGUGGGCUACACGCUCAACAGAGCCAGAAAGCGUGUCGAAGAUAGGUUGAAUAGAUUUGGCUUGAGAAAGAUGGGAAAGAAACGAGAUGGAAGUAUAGAAGAGACUACUGGUGGAUACAUGUCUCGUCGUGGUUCCGCUGAAGGCGGGUCAGGUGGUGGGGAAUCUGAGGUAGUAGUUCUCAAACGUCGCCGCUUGGUGGCAGCGGCGCCACUGUACGCCGGAUUGGCGCGAUUCAAUUUUCUUCUGGACGCAACUCAACCUGGUGCCACACCAGAUGCUUUAUUCAUGGCUGCUUUGCUAGAUCUGCCAAAUACCGUAGUCGUGGGAAGAGCUGCCAUCCUAUUGGAGUGCGCAUACUUGGUGCAUAAUUGCAACAAAGGACAAUGGCCGUAUUGGCUCAAAUCUAAUUUAGCGAAAAAUGCCGUACCAUCAAGUCCCCAGCUACGCCAAAGAUUGGCCGCCAAACUAUUUUAUCAAUGGGCAGAGGCUAUAGGUAAUAGACUGGAGGAUAUGUUGAUAGAAGACAAGAAACACAUCGAUACAGUUGUGAACCUAGUCAAUGACCCCGAUGGGCAGCGGGAGCUCCUCCAACAGGAUGAAGAAGAGGACUUCCUUGAUGAAGCUAGUAUCCGGCUGCCCGGCAAACCGAUUGGUGCCGAAUGCCCCCGAGCGCUCAGACUAGUCGCUUGUAUUCUACUUUUCGAAAUCACUUCCUUCUUAAGAGAAACCUACCAGAACAUUCCAAAAUCCUGCCGCUCCUCGCUCAAGGAAAGAGGACCUUGGGACCGUGUAUACAGAUGGAUGGAAAAACGACGUUUGUUGUGUAAGAAUAAGGCUCUUAGCAGUCAACACACAUUAAUGCCAGUCGAGGAAGCGAACCGUCGAUGGAGUAUGGCUUUGUCGAGUAUGGGACAUUCUCAAGCAUCGGCUCAGAGCCUGCAAUCGAUCGCUGGUGCGGAGACUGAGAGGAAGAUAUCAUUCGUUAUACAUGAACCAGAAAAUGUGUCCGGCGGAAGUAAUGCUACACUAGCAGAUGCCGUACCGACAUCGGCUGAUGACAAGAAGGGAAGACUGGGAGGACGUAACAAAUCGGGCAUGCACCGACGGAACACGCAACAAACGCAUGGUGCAUACGGUUCGAUCAAACGACGAUCCAUCAAAUUGAGACAGAAAGAUACCAGGGAUGUUGAAGAAUUUGUGGCCAGAAGAUCAGAUUCGAUACAAAGCCGAAGGAAAGUGUCAUCACUAUCCGACAGGAGUGACACGUCUGAAGUCUACCCCGCCGCAGGCGGUACAGUGAUAAUGCCGAGCGAGGUGGACAGCGGCGGGGAGGAGAGCCCGGGCGUGCUGUCGGACGACCACGACCACCCGCCCGACAGCCCGGACAGCAGCUCCACGGACCCGCCCGACCCCAACAAGGGCUAUCCUUGGCUCAAAGUGAUGGUGAAGUUUCUGAACUCGUUCAACUACGUGUGCUGCCACCAAAACUUCUGUCAUCCGUAUUGCUUCCGUCGCAACAUGCGAGCCAGUGGGAGGCUCAUGAAAUCAGUUCAAAAAAUAUAUGGAGAGAAAUUCGGUCCGGAAGCACACGCACAAUGUUCCGACGAAGGCGUGGGAGGGACCCGGCGAGGUCGACGACCGCGGAAACCUUCCGAACAUGCCACUGACAGAAUCGACCGGUCAGUGAUAGAGAGUGCGGGUCUGGCAUACCGCGCGGCGGGGGGCGCGUGCGGGGCGGGCGGGGCGGUCGGGGCGGGCGGGGAGGCCGCGGCGCCCGACCCGCCCCCCGCGCGUCCCGCGCGACCCGCCGCCCUGCCCUACCCCCCGCCCGACCCACCAGCUAUACUCAAAUACUUACGCGGACAGGUCCGCGACGCUUACCAUGCCCCUCUAGCGACCCUAAUCAAAGGCGCCACCAUAAUGAGCGAAGAGCAAUUCGCCGAAAGCGCCCCAGUAGCCUGGCAACUGUUGCUGGAGCCCGAUAGGGAACUGAGCGCAUGCGCAGCGGCCUUGUUCAUACUGUGCGCGGUGAAAGCGCCCCACACCGCCGCCGAGAUCAUGCAUAAUGAUCUCAAACAUGCUCAGCCUUCAGUCAGAAUCAACGCCAUCCUCCGCUUCCAAGUGAUGUGGAAGCUUCGUUACCAAGUUUGGCCGCGGAUGGAGGAGGGCGCCUCUGUCACGUUCAAAGUGCCGCCCCCUGGUAUCGAGUUCACGCUGCCUUCGCCAAAGAUUGGGAUUGAGUCGUUGGCAGUUGUUGAUCCGCCAUGGAGCCCUCAGGUUAAAGAUAAGGACAUGGAAAUGACUUUGAAUCAAGAGAGGCAUCGUUCCCUGGUAACAGCGACGAAGACACGCAAGAAGCAACAAACGGAAGCGAUAAAGCGCGCGUUACAGCAGCGGAACGACAAGAAGCGGGCAGAAAGAGAGAGUUUCCUCAUCACCACCAUCCCGAUCACUCGCCAGGCCGCGCGCGAACCUGCGCUCGACCACGCCGCCGACGACCAUAUUGAACCACCAGCAGAUGAAGAAUUAGUGGAAGGGGUUCGCGGCUCGCAUCACACUCAAGUGGCGUCGGCACUGUUUCCUUCCACUUUGUGUUCCGCGGUCGCCGAGAUCGUGGCUCUAUUGGACGACGCUGCCGUCUCACAAGAUGGCUGCUCCGUCUACGAAGUUGCUUAUCAGGUUAUAUGGAACUGCCUGGUAGAAGACUCAGCGCUGUUCCUCCGUCACGUGCUCGAGCGUCUAACCCGGGACCACCAAGACGAGAUGUUCAAAUUACUGCGCCAUCUGAUCCGCUUCAUACCGCGUCUACCGCAGCAAGCCGCAUUCGCUUUGUACAACUACAUCAUAGGAUAUGUCAUGUUCUACGUGAGGUCUCCUCAUGAAGAUGGCCAGCGAUUGGUCGGCGCUGCGCUUUCUAUUCUCUGGAUGGUGGUCCAUAGCGUUCACGGCAUAAUGUUUAAAGAUCUCAAGCAGAUUUUACGAAAAGAACAAUGUGACGCGUCUAUAUUACUCACAGCCAAUGUUCCCGCAGCCAAGAAAAUUAUAGUUCACGGUCCAUCGGAUAACGAAGGCAGUAUACCAUCUCAGUUCCCUGUACAAGAGGACACGGUAUUUUCGCAGAUCUUGAAAGAAUCCCUGGACUUCUUUAGUAUCCCUGAACAUUUGCAUCGCGAACACUUCUUGGUUGAUUUCAAGACACGCCAAAUCCACAACCCGGAAAGCUACGUGCGCGAUCAUUAUUUCUUCAAGCGGUCCCAGUACCCUCAGUUAGGGUUGGUUCACAUGGAGCGGGAGGAGGCCUUCCAUAAACUGCAGAAACAGGAGUUGCUGCAAAAGUUUGUAGAAAUCGGAAAAGUUCUGUUGACGUGGGCUAUCCUUAAAAAUGUGGACAUGGUAGUGCAACGCGUAGUAUUCCUCCACGACGAACUGAUGAAGUUGCCUUCCUUCCCGCGGAAAGCGCUUGAAGCAGAUUUAGCGCUUUACAGCGGAGGACCAUUGGGAACUACUUUGUUAGGAUUGGAUGUAUUGCACAAGUUUAUGUGGGUUCGCCUAAUAGCCCGCAUGUUCGAAGCGAUGGCGGGUAACUUCACAUCAUCCCGGGACAUCCACCUUUUCCUUAACGUGUUGAAUGGAGCACUGAUGUUGCAUAGCGAAGACUCAUUGAUACUGAGAUAUGUAAUAGCUACUUAUGUCAAUGCUGCCUUUAAUUUCAAGAGCAUUUUCUCUACUAAUGGCUAUCUACUAAUAAUGCCGACACUUCUCCAAAUCUACUCCAACUUCCAAACAAAUAAGCUGGUAACGACCACCAUAGAAUACGCCGUCAAACAGUUCUACCUGCUGAACAGAAAGCCGUUCAUACUACAAAUGUUCGGCUCCGUUUCAGCUAUAUUGGACACUGAUGAGGAAUCUACUUACGGGGAUGCCAGUAAGGUCCAAUCCAGCUGCCUAUUCAACCUGCUGCUAAGCUUAGAAACCCCAUCGCCCGACCCCCUUCACAUCGCUGAACUGAUCAAGGAGGAGAAACCUCUCAAACCCAUAGACUUCUGCUACCGAGACGAGGAGGAGAUGGUCAAUGUACUGGAUUGCAUCAGUCUAUGUGUCAUGGUGGUUUCUUAUUCCGCUGAGAGCAUGAGGGGGUAUCAGAUGUUGAUAAUUUUGGAGGCUAUCUUGCCUUGCUACGUGAAACAAAUUCAACUACCUACUUACAACAGAGAAGGCAAAACCGAGAAAGAGAUCAUCCAACAACUCGCCAUUGCUAUCAAAACGCUCGUCAAUAACUGUGAAGGGCUAUCGAAGUCGUACAACGGGCCGUACCGCACGUCCCCGGAGCACAAGGGGUCGUCGCAGCGCGCCGGCCCGCGCUCCACGGCCGCCACCAUCAUCGGCUUCGAGGAGUCCCACUCCAAGUUCGACAACAAGCUGCCCGGGACCGAGUACACCGGCGCUGAGGACUCGGAGUUGGUCCGAGCGGAAUACCGUCGCCCACGAGACGUACUGCUGUCACUAGUGGGCGACUUCAUUGGGCGAGCUACUACUCGACUACUCGACCUUAACGGGUCGAAGGGCAGUGGCGGGAGUGAGGGCAAGCCUGGCGAGCUACUGGAUUGCAAGUCUCAUGCGAGACUAGCGGAGAUCGCCCAUUCAUUACUAAAAGUGUCCCCUUACGACCCCGAGUCCAUGGGCUGCCGCGGUCUGCAGCGGUACAUGACUCAAGUCCUGCCCGCGGCUGAUUGGGCCGACGACGCGCUAAGGCCUGCCUUAAUCAUGAUCCUGAGACGGCUUGAUAAGGUCUUCUUGAAGAUUGCGAAGAAACCCAGCAUCAGGAGGAACACAGACUGGGACUCUGCUGCUGUACUCUUGAAAGGAGUCUACGAGACUAUGAUCCGAUGUCCGUACAUUAUGCACUGGCAACAAGUGAAGACUCUUCUUAACACUGUUCAGGCCCUGAUAGUAUCAGAAAACAAUUCUGGCGAGAAUUUGUCUUCGGCAACAGCGGCGCUAAUGUCUCAACCACCGCCCCCGCACUUUUGUAGCACAGUUGUGCGACUGAUCGCUCUACAGGUCAUCAAUACCGGGGAUAGUUAUUCAUUGGAACAAAUGUGUGGUGGCAGCGCAAUAUUCCAGACGGCUGAGAAAACUGAAAACAUGCUGAUGAAUCUGUUCAUGCCACUUUGUUUACGAGUGGGGAGUGGACGGAAAGAUGUGCCACCGCUCCGUCAAUCAGACGUGAGUUACCUAGUGUCAGUGGUCCUCAACGCCCUCUGUCCCCCCGCGCCCCCCGGCCAGCUGGCGGCCGUCAACGCCAAACUCAACGCCUCCGACGCGCGAGCCAACUCGCUGACCUUCACCGGCAGUCGCGACGCCCGCAACACCACCAGGCUUUCCAACCAGCUUUAUAGAAUUGCCUUUUUGGCGCUGAAAGUGGUCUGCGCGUGCUUCACAAGCGAGCUGUGCAGCGAGUGGGGCCGCGUGGCGCGCGCCAUGCGGGAGCUGGGUCGCCGCAACGAAGCGGCCCACCACUUGUGGGACUUCCUCGAACAUGUGGUCACCUACCGCACCCCCUUGUAUAUACUGCUGCAGCCGUUUAUUGUGCACAAGCUGUCCCAGCCGCCGAUCGGCGACAACGAGCGCCACAUGCAGUUCGUAGUGCGCGAGCGCGUGCGCGGCCUCAAGCUGCCGGCCGCGCGCGCGCGCGGCGCGCUGUUGGCGGAGCUGGCGAGGGAGCUCCGCACUAUGAGGGACACGCACGACCAGUUCAAGUUUGAACAAAUAGCGGAGAACAUCGGUCAAGGCGGCGGCAAGCGGGCGUCGGAAGUGUUUCCUCGUCCGGGCGGGCUCCAAGAGAAGCACCAACAGCAUCGGCCAUCUUUGAUCUCCAUGCUAGUUGGGCGCUCCGCCCUGCCGCGCACGCCCGACCACCCCGCGCCGAGAGAGUCGUUGUCGAGCAGCUCCACCACGAGCCAGCAUUUGCCCGCGGCCGACGCGGCCGGCGGCCGCCUCGACAACAACUCACACGCGGGUCAAUUCACCGGAGCCAAUAAUCACGGGGGCGGCGGUGACAACAAGUCGGGUGCGGCAACACCGCCAUAUCUCAACAACCCAGCUAAACUGCGCUUCGUGCCGUCCGUCGAGUUCAAAUUUACUUCAGGGGAGACGUCGUUAACGCCGCUGUCGCCGGCGUCGCCGCGCGGCUGGGCGCUGGAGCGCGCCAGCUCCGCCGACAGCGGCGAGCGGCCGCGGCUGCAGCGAGCGCAGGGACCUUCUAAGAAGACCUUCAAGUUCCGCCGCAGCAGAUACGCCCCCUCUGAUACGUCGCACGUGCGGCUGGAGUCAGACGAGUGCUCGUCCCCCGGGCCGGAGACUCCCCCGCGGCGGUGUGCGCCGCUGUUGUUGCCGGCGCCGGCGCCCGCCACCGACACCUCCUACGACAGCGAGAUCUCGCAGACCUCGUCCACGUCCGGAUACAGGCGAGCUUUCCAACAGAACGAUCAGGAGAGCUACAGCCUUCAAGCGUCGAUGUCGGAGUGCGGGCGCGCGGCGCUGGCGUCGCCCGACACGCCGCACGCCAGCGACACGCCGCACGCCAGCCCCGACGCAUCUUUAAGUUGUGAAUCUGAGACAUCAUCAGCUGAACGUACUGCUUUGCUGGGAGCAACAAGCCAGCGGUCCCUACUUCUCAGCAGUGAACUCCGAGACGAAGAUACUCUUCUUUAAAAUGUGUGAAGGCCUAAAAUUGUAAUACUAGAUUUAAUCUUCAUUUAGAUUUCUUCAUGUUUCUAAUGCAAAUAUACAUAGUCAAAAAACUUCUGUUAUAAAAACUGUAUGCAUAGACAGAAAAAAACUUAUAAAAAGAUUUAGGAUAUAAUGUUUGUAAUGCAAAUAUAUUUACAUAGUCAAAAAACUUCUAUUACAAAAACUGUAUGCAUAGACAGAAAACAACUUAUAAAAGAUUUAGGAUUGUAUUGAAUAGAGAUAUUUUAUCAUGGACUUCAUAAAUAUUUGUCUUUAUUUGAAGUUGUUCUAUCAUAUUGUAUGUUCUAUAAGUUUUAUAUGUAUGAUUGAUGUAUCUAGUCAAAUAUGUGAUAAUAAGUUAUAUGUUGAAAAAUUUUUAAUAGAGAUUUUGUU